GAUGUGCUCUACCCUAUCUAACAAAUGAUAACAAAUAAUUUGAUGAAAAGAACGGUUCUUUAUAUUUUGCUCUUUGUUAUUGCUGGUUUCUACAUCAUAAAAGUCUUGCUCCAAGCUGACAUAGGGAAAUCAGGUAAUGCUGAGGACCAUAACAUUGAGUUUCAUAAGAGUGAGAGUUUGAGGGAAACUACUGUCGAGUAUAAACUUAACGCUCAACAACCGCUUAUUCCGAUCUCAGGAAAUUUGACGGAGAAAAAUGAAGUUACAAGACUUGACAUUCCACAUGAAACAUUAAAAAACAGUAUAAUAAACAACAUAUCUGAAAAACAUCGGAAUAUUGGAUUCUUAGAAAAUAUGCCCACUUACAGAGAGAUGAUACAAAUGGGUGUUAUGAGAGAACAGUCUGUAUUUGGGGAUAUAAAUAAUAUGAACUGUAGUGCUACCUACUGUUAUCUUAAUGGGAGAAUUCUGAACAGGGAGAUGAUUACAGAGAAUCCUGAGGACAUGUUCAAGUUUCUCCCGGCUGAAGAGGAAUUCCUGAAAGAGUUCAAAAACCCUUGUUGGAAAGGUAAAGCACUGGAUCGGGAGACAUUGUAUUGCCUUCCUUACUUUUUCAUUGCUGGUUUCACAAAAUCUGGAACAACAGAUUUACACCAAAUACUCGGAAAACACCCACUGAUUAGUUCUCAUGGAGAUAAAGAAGAGCACUACUUUGAUAGACAGAGAAGAGGAAGAUCUAUAAAAAUGCACCGUCGUCCGUUCGAUAAACCGAAAUCACUUAUGAGCUAUGUUUAUGGAGGUCAAAUUAUUGCAAAGAGACUGAUGAGAACCUAUAAAGAAAUAGAAGGAACAGAUGUCCUGUAUCACGGUAUAACCAUGGACGCAACCCCUUCCUACGUGUGGGAUAAUGAGUUUUGGGAAAAGUUUUAUCCCGGUUACAAAGAACCACCAGUCACAAAUGCAGACACUAUUUCCAAACUUAAUCCUAAAACUAAGAUUAUACUCUCCCUAAGAGAUCCUAUAAGCCGUAUGCGAUCAGCGUACCAGUUUUUCUGUCAGCGCCAAGUUUAUGACUGUGAUAGGCCCAUAACUCCGGAGAAAUACCACAAUCUAGUGGUGGAGGCGGUUGAGAUGUUUAACACCUGUCUAAAGAAUAACACAGUAAGAGGCUGCACCUACAGCACUGAAACCCACCAGCUAGCGACCCAUUUGUACGCAAGUAUGUACCACGUGUAUAUAGCGGACUACAUGGAGGUGUUCCCCCGGGAUCAGGUGUACGUGCUCCAGAUGGAGGAACGCAGUAGAGAUCCCAUUGCUUCCAUCAAUAAUCUGUGUGACUUCCUGGAGAUACCACCAUUUGCUGGGGACACGUUGCGAAGUUUUCUUGAGGUACACGAUACAGGUAACCAGAUAUUAGAUGAGCACAAGCUUCCUUACGUUCUGCCAGAAACAACUGAACUUCUGGAAGAGUUCUUCAAACCGUAUCUUAGAGACCUAGUUGGUCUGCUGGGUCACGAGAAGUGGUACUGGAAUCGUCCGAGCUGAUACAAAACUGACACUAGAUCUUUUGAAAAAAACGAUUUGAUAGUCGUUAUAAAAUUAUUACUUGUGUGAUUUUUAAUUAAUUAAUAAUUCGUAUGCUAAAAUGUUCUCCUGUAUAAAAAGAAUUUGAGCCC